AUGUUUAUCGGCCACGUAGACAUGGCAGAACGGGCCUGUGGUUUUAGAUGGCCAGAAGAAGUGAAGCUCAACAAGCUCGCCCAACACUUGACUGGCAAGGCGGGACGUUUCUUCCGCGAGCAGGCUGGUGUGUGGUGGUCAAUUUGCCCGUUUCUAUUCGACGCUCUCGAACAGAUGAACGCAACAUUUACCGUUCGGUUGUCGAUGGAGGAUGCUGCGCGACUCUUCACAGAAGAGAAAGAUCACACUCGCUCGUGGAACGAUCAUUUCUUGUACCUAAUAGCUCUAAUGAGAGCGACUGACGUGUCUCCAGCGAUGGUUCUACAGAAUAUCGUACGCCACGCUUCACCGAGCUUUAGUCCUACUCUGCUUGGUCGCUACAAUGAAAGCCGACAAGAUGUAAUGAUGCACGCACAAGAGCUGUGGAGCGAGCCGGCACCUCCUUAA